AUGUCCACCACCACCAACGAUGCCACCCCGAUAACCCGCCCUCCGCGGCCUCCAAAGCCUCCCAAACCGCACCCCUCAAUCGCUGCUCUCGCCGCUUUCCUCUCCACCCUCCCACAAACUACCACACAACCUCCACCACUGCCCUCCAAGCUCCGUUACGAUAUCUACGGCCCUCUCCUUCUCCUCCCGCCGACCUCACCGCUCACAAGUCCACCAUGGAGUACCUACAUCUCAUCCCUCCCUCCACAAUCCCAAUCCUCCCUAUACGCCACCCUCGCCAAAUCCCUUAACGUAACGCACAUAGCCAUCAACUCCCCGAUUCCCUCCAAAUCCGUCGACCACCAAAACGCCAUCCGAGCGCCACAGAUAACACCUCUCUACGGCUCCUUUGGACCUCUCGAUUCCACCGAUUUCGAAGAAGUAUUCUGGACGUCAACGGUACAGCAUGGUGUUUUCCAAACGUGGUGUCCGUUACAUACUAUGUUUUCUCGCGGAAAUAUUACAGAGAAGAAUAGGAUCUAUGGGUUGGUCGAUACGCAAUUAAAGGAGCUUAGGAGAAGCGGAGAGAAGAGGAAAGUUGCUGCGGUGGAUUUAUUCGUUGGGAUUGGAUAUUUCGGGUUUAGUUAUUUGAAGGCUGGAGUUGAUGUUGUUUAUGGAUGGGAUAUUAAUCACUGGAGUAUUGAGGGGUGUAGACGCGGGGCAGUUGGGAAUAAAUGGGAGGUGAGGGUUAGUAGAGAGGGUAGUGAUUGUGAAAAUGUUGGAACGAGAGAGGAGAGGUUGGUUAUCUUCGAAGAGAGCAAUGAAUAUGCCAUCGAUCGACUACGGAAGAUUAAGCAACAGACAACGGAAGCGGGAAAGGAGUGGGUUCAUAUACUCCAUGUGAAUUUGGGCCUACUACCGACUAGUUCUGGGGCUUAUAAAACCGCAUUAGAGGUUCUUGGGUUAAAUGAUGGAGACGGGGAGGCUUGGAUACAUGUUCAUGAGAAUGUGGCAAAAGAAGAUGUUGAUGAGAUGAAGGACGGUAUUAUUAAGAAGUUUGAGCAAUUAAAAGGAGAAGUUGAGGGGAUGGAAGAAGUGAGCAUAGAGGUUGAACAUGUGGAGUUUGUGAAGAGCUGGGCGCCGGGGGUUUGGCAUUGUGUUUUUGAUGUGAAGGUUUCAUAG